AUGAUAAAAUUGAAGAACGUGUUCAACGAAUUGGAGAUCCUGGCGGCGAUAUUCGCAGCAGUAGUGCACGAUGUCAACCAUCCCGGUUUAACAAAUCAAUUUUUAAUUAAAACUAAAGAUGAUUUAGCGAUUCUGUACAAUAAUGAAAGUGUACUUGAAAAUCAUCAUAUAGCUGUUGCAUUUAAAUUAUUACAAGCUGAUGAAAGAAACAUUUUCUCAAAUUUAACAACUGAGCAAAUGAAGACGUUGCGUAAAAGGGUUGUGGACAUGGUCUUAGCAACUGAUAUGUCUAAACAUAUGACAUUGUUAGCUGAUUUUCAAAAAUUAGUUGCAGCAAAUAAGACGUCGGGAAAUAAUAUAUAUUCCAAAUGGAUUGAUCGAUUAAUGGAAGAAUUUUGGAAACAAGGCGAUGCAGAACGUGAUCUUGGUUUGGAAAUUUCACCUAUGUGUGUGAGAAGUGCAACUACGAAAGACAAGCAUCAGAUUGGUUUUAUUAAAUCUUUUGUACACCCAUUAUGGGAAACAUGGGCAGGUUUGGUACAUCCAGAUGCAAAUACUAUUUUAGAAACAUUAGAGCGAAAUCGUGAUUGGCAUGAAGUUCGCCUCGCAGCUUUAACAUCUUCACCAACUGAUAAUUCAUCAAGUUCUAUUACUGCUACUACUACUAUUGUUACCAAUAAUUCGUUAUCUGAUCAUGCGAAACAAGAUUGA